GGCUGGUGGGGGCGGAGCUACUGAUGUCUUGUAGUGUGUAGUGUGUCUGAGGCUGAGCAUGCUGCAGCAUCACAUGGCGUGGGGAUUUUGGGAUUGAGAUGAGUGAGGUUGAUCGUAUCUGAAGAGAGACGAUGCAUUGACAGUCCUCCGGGAGACACCGAGACGGACACUCUUGCUCUUCGGCGAGUAAACACGCACACACGCACUCACGUGAAUUCCCACAUUGGAUAUGAUCCGCUCCUAGACUAUGGCACCGUCAGGUUCACGUAAUGUCAAACGAGGCUGCAAGAGAGUUUUCUACUGGAUCCCGGUCUUUUUCAUCGCACUCAUAGUGGCUUGGUCGUACUACGCCUUUGUCGUGCAGCUUUGUUUGGUUUCCAUUGAAGACACGUGGGAGAAAGUGCUCUAUUUAACAGUGUACCAUGUCAUCUUCAUCAUGUUUAUUUGGGCUUACUGGCAAACUAUCUUCACCAAGCCCAUGAACCCUCUGAGGGAGUUCUGCCUGUCCUACUCGGACAAGGAGCUGCUGCACCGUGAAGACCGGGGUGAGUCACAGCAGGAGAUCCUGAGGAGAAUAGCUAAGGAGCUGCCUAUCUACACACGUACUAACUCUGGAGCAAUCCGUUUCUGUGACCGCUGCCAGCUGCUGAAGCCUGAUCGAUGUCACCAUUGUUCAGUUUGUGAUAAAUGUAUUCUAAAGAUGGAUCACCACUGUCCCUGGGUGAACAAUUGUGUGGGAUUCUCCAACUACAAGUCAUUCAUGCUGUUUUUGGCAUAUUCUCUACUUUACUGCCUUUUUAUAACCGCGACAGACCUUCAAUACUUCAUUAAAUUUUGGAUGGCUGGGGGUAAAGCCCAUUUUCGUCUGAAAGAAUACCUGAAUGGCUUUCCAGACACACAGGCCAAGUUCCACAUUCUGUUCCUCUUCUUCUCUGCCUCCAUGUUCUCAGUCAGCCUCGCUUCGCUUUUCAUCUACCACUGCUGGCUUGUCUUCAAGAAUAGAUCCACUCUUGAGGCUGUUCGUGCGCCAGUGUUUCGUCAUGGCAUCGACAAGAACGGAUUCAGUCUGGGCUCCAGUAAGAAUUUCCGGCAAGUGUUUGGCGAUGAAGCCAAAUACUGGCCUUUUCCAAUUUUCUCCAGUUUAGGAGAUGGUUGUUCGUUCCCAACAUGCCUGGUGAAUAUUGACCCUGAGCAAUCUUCUUCGCCCACAAGCUGCAACCCACCACCGAAGAGUAAAACAGAAGGUCGCCACUUUCCCUUCAAGCCAAUGGGGGAGAGUCAGAGUCGACUGCUUAGCAGUACCACCUCUUGGACUGAAAGUGACAUUGCUGCAGAUGACAAGAAUGGAACUAAUAAUCCACUUAUGACUGUGGAAAAUGAAGCAUAGAGCCCAGAUCUCCUUUUGAGAAAUGUCAGUACUGCGCCCUUUUCAGUUAGAUGUGUCAACGGCGGCGACAUCACUACUGUAUUUCCCUGACAUUUAAACACGGAAAGAAUGCCUCGAAUGUCGGCAGCAUGAACCUGUUAUUGUCUGAAAGGUUGUGGAUUUUCAUGUGAUAAUUCUCAAUUCGCAUUCCAAUGAUCUCUAUGAUCAUAGUAUGAUCGUAGUAUGUCCUUGUGAUAUACAUGAGAAAGCACAGAGAGCUGUGGGAGAGCUAUGUAGUUGUUUAUCUUGUGUUGUUUUUCAUAGUGUGGUAUGUCUUAAUAGGUUUGCCAAAUGGUUGCGCAUCAAAAGUAGGUAAUUCUGGUCAUUUGGUGGUGGUGGCAGCAGAUACGAGAUCCUUUGCAUGCUCUCAUUUCAGGAUAUCAAAACAAAUGUAUCUUUUUGUGGUUAAGUGUACCACGAUAUGCUCGGAAACAACAUGUCUAGAGUAUCAAUAAGGGCUAUUCAGAUUGUAUUGAGAACAAGUGUACAGCAUUGUGGCUUCUUUGCAAAAUAUAUCCAAUUGUAAAAGUGAAACUUUGAUUCACUGCACAGAGUGAAGUAUUUAGCUGUUUUAUUAAUUUCUUAUGAUUUAAGCUAAAAUUCUCAUUCAAGAAAUAAUCCAGCAAGUUGAGAACAGCAAGUUGUGCAAACAUUUCUGAAGCAUUGAGCAGUUGGGCAUGCAUGAAAAAAAAUCAAGUUCAGUUGAAAGGGUACAAGUGCAUUUUGUCUCUUGCUGAAAUUUCACCUACAAGCCAAACAUCGCUGUGAGCAUGAGUUUUACAUUCUGAAUUGUUUACAGCACUAAAAUAUUUUUUUAUGACAUAAUUUAUUGAAAUUACUUUCACUCUCAAAAUUAUUCUCUAAAAUUAGAAGAAUUUAAGCUUGCAUUUCUUUAUGCCUUACUGUGACAGUCAUGGUAUAUUUUUCUAUUCUCUCUGUGUGAGUCUAAACACAGUUUGGUCAUGAUCUGUUUUUGUGAUCUUUGCAACAAUUAAAAAAGCUGUGCUUU